AUGGAUGAUUUCAACCCUGGACUAGCCUUGACCUUCCUUGUUAUUUCCAUUUGCCGGGGUCUGGCGAACCUGUUCUGUUUUGGCAUCCUUCUCGCAGGGGUCGGGCGAUCUUUCCUUUGCAUCUGUCAGCGUUUCCGACCCCUGCCCCUUGCAUGUAUAUGUAUACGUCUGGACGGACAUGUUGUUCUGGGUCGUACCACUCCCUGUGUAAUUACAAAGGCAUGCUACAUAUUUAUGCACCGUUUUGACGUUUGGGCCUACCCCGCCUCAGCUGACGAGGCAGAUGGAGGACGGGGCUAG